UUCCUAGAGACAAGAUGUAAUAUUCAUUUAUAAUUUUAUCCUUCACGUACAACGAUAAAGAAAAAAAAAAUAAACAAAUAAAUAAAAUGAUGCAAUACAACCAGAAACCAACUGAAACAGGGCAGCUUCGGUCUGCUGGGGCUAAUAUUAUAAUCAUCAGCAGUCGAUUUCUCCACAGUUUCCGUACCCUCUCGCGUGUCUUCUUCUUCAACACAGAAACAAUCCUUAGAAGCAUACCACUUUUCUUAUCAGAAAAAUCCAAGAUUUCCAUCAGCUACUUUCCCUCCAAUUUUGAUUCAAGAUUCUUACAGAUUAAGCAAUUCUUGAUCGGGCAUACUAUUUAAACCCCAUAUCAUCUCCGUCAUUAAUGCAGAUCAAUCAAACCUUUCCAUAUAUGGAGUAUACAACCGGAUCUCAACUCCAUAAUUUCCAGACCUUCUUCAUGGAAUGGGUGACCCAACUGGAGUUUUACCUUCAUCAGCUUCUCCACAUUCUUCAGUCCCCGGAUCAACAAGACGAGUCCAAACACAAACAACUCAUUCGCCUAGUCAUGGCUCACUACCAUAAAUACUUCCUUGCCAAGGCCCGAGUUUCUAGCCGGAAUGUUUUUCUUAUUAUGUCACCACCGUGGCUCAGCUCCUAUGAGCGAACCUUCCUAUGGUUGUCUGGGUUCAAGCCGGGUCUUGCCCUCCACGUCGUGAGUAAAUGUGGGGUGGAAUUGAGCUCCGAUCAGACGGAGAGGAUGGAGAGGUUGACGGUGGACACUAAAGACCACGAGAGUGUGAUUGCAGAGAGGCUGGCGAGGUUGGAGCAGCAGGUACUGGCGCCGUCCAUGCUGGCCAUGGCGAGGAUGGGAGGAAGGGAGGUGAAUGGCAUGAUUCGUGAAGCGGAUACUGCAGUAGAGAGAAUGGCGGAGCAUAUGGAGUUUUUGGUUGGGUGUGCAGAUUAUUUGAGGGAGAAGACGGUGGCGAAGGUGGUGGGGAUAUUGACGACGGCUCAGACGGUGAGGUUCUUGGCGGCUAUGGCUCAACUUCAGUUAAGGAUUAGGAGGUGGGGGCAGCUGAGGGAGAGGGAGAUUCAUGGAGAUGCUAAUCUCUCUUAAGGAUAGUCGUUCGAAGGUACUUCCAAGUUCCAAAGGCAGGUGCCAUGCGCUAUGGGAUGAUGACAACUAGAAUUGUUGUGUUCCUUUAAAUUCAAUGUUUCCACUCUUUUCUUCAAAAGGUUGUUUUGUGUGAAAGUGUUUUUGUUUGUGUUGUAAACGACAAAGAUGUAUGUGGUCAAGGAAAUGGAAGAAAAAUUACGAUGAAGUAAACGGCAGUCAUAGGAUUAUUUUGAAAACAAAGAAAAAUAUCUGUCCAAGGUGGUUUCAGGAAUGGGCCCAACAAAAAAUCUCUAUUAUAAUAAAAGAGGUUUUUAUUU